AAUUGCCAUAAUUGAUAAAAUCCGCGUGUGAAUGUGCGCGUUUUGGUUGUUGCGUAUUCCGGAAGCGGAUAUAGAUCUAUAUAUGACCGCCAUUUUGAUUUUAUGUUCCAGUGAGAUUUAUGCAGGAGCAAUAAAACAGAAACACGGUUGAUAAGGUAACGUUACUUUGACAUCAAACUAUGAGUCGCGUGAAGAAGAGGCGGUGCCACAACUGUGAGGGGUGCCUGACUUCUAACUGUGGCGAGUGUACAUUCUGUAAAGACAAACCUCAAUUUGGCGGAAAAAACUCCAAAAAACAGUGCUGUAUAAAGAAACGAUGUUUAAAUCCAGUGUUCGCUUCAACUGAUACACCAUCCAAGCCUGGCUUUGUAUUAUACAGCAACAUCAGGAAGCACAUUCCCAAGGCUUAUGUUAUGAUUAGAAACAUUCUUGAUAAAGAUAUGCUGUCGAGAUUUCGGAUUCAAGUACCAACUGAUGACAAAAAAGAUGUAAUACAGGAAACAGAAACGACCCAGAAUGCAACUGACUCUACAACACAAAAGUCAGAUCGGCCCCAAAGAAAACGGAAGGUGAACCUUAAUUACAUCAAUCCCGCCCAAUACGUACCGACGCUGAAAGCGCCGAGGAGAGGGGCCUCCAUGAAUGAGGACCCGCUAAAAGACGUGGCAGUGGAGCGCCUGGUAGAACACCUGGAGCACCAGAAUGUAAAGGACGUUCACUCUGUCAGAACAACCAACCAGAAGCGGCAUGAGAAAGAAGCAGCGCCCAAGCACGCGCGACCUCAGCGGGCCAGGACAAAGAAGAAAAAACUCCGACCUUAUGAGUAUCUGAAGUACCUGCCAGCCAAGUGUGAAAAUUUAGGCGGGGACGCCUAUCCCGGCCCACCCAACCUCUCCCAUCACGACUCGGAGAGCACAGAGAGUGGGGAUGAAAACUGUUCACUGGAUGAGUUUGGACCCCCGGUGUUAGAGCCCUGCAAGAAGGAGAAGGAAGCAGUAAAACUGAGUUUCUCUGGCCGGCACUGUAAGCCGAACGGCACCUAUUCUCGUGAAUAUUACACGGAUUUGAGUAAAUUACCGAAUCUGAACAAUAAACCUAGACCAAGGAGAAGCACUCCUAAAAUAAAAUUAGAUAGACAUACUAAAAUUAUCGAGGAGAAGAUCUCGCCAUUCAGUGUAGCAGUAAAAAAGGAACCGGGAAUAGUAAACAGAGCCGAAAACUACGGGUCAUUGUCAGUAAAGAAAGAACUUAAAGUCAAACAUGCUGGAGAUUCGAACGCAUUUGUGAUAGCUUCAUGUAAAAAUGACCAGAAACCAGUCAGUAAAGACAUCGAGACCUCGCUGAACACCUUUAUGGAAAACACUGAAAAAGACAAGCAAAUGAACCAGUUGAAGGAUAGGAUCCCUGUUUGUCAAGACAAAAUCAUGAAGACUGUUAAAGAACUGGCGAAGGAGAAAAAGUUUGUGAAGUUUUUCCAGCUCAGUGUCGGGAACAAACUUAUCUUUAUCCCCACCGACGGCUCCACGGUCAUACCGAAAGCUUACGUCAUGGACAAAGUGUCCGACGCAUCAAAGACUGAUAAACCUUCGGUUACCAUGGAGACUCCUGUCAUUAAGUCUGAGCCAGUGGAUGACACGGAUGGCGACCUCCUGCCCAAGAUAACUAGCGUGUUCAGCUUGUCGUCAGACGCAGAGAAAGACUCGCCUCAAGAGAGCGACUCGUUCUCAAACGUCCAGGAGACGAAACCACUAAACACCGCCGCUCAGGGUGUUAGCGAGGAAAAACGACCAACUGCAGUUAUGCCUAGUCCGGAAAACAGCUGCGCGCAGAAACUGAAAAGUUUGAUUAACCCAGAAAUGUUCAAUAGACAUUCUAUAGACGAAGACGACAAGGUUCUUCAGAGUUUAUUGAGAGACACUGUGACCAAGAUAUUCAGCCAUCAGCAGACGACAGCUUCAACAUCAUGUCAGUCAGGAAAUGCGAAAAAUUCUGCAGAGUUGGCGAGUAAGUUGCAGAAAAAGAAAGAAGAAGACAAUGUUAACGUACGAGUGACAACUAUACAGCACGCGCCUCACUCUAAACUCACUCACUUUACAGAUAACACCAAACGACCGGCCAUAACUGUUAUCCCAGACCUAGGGAAACUAAAAUCUAUCGACAAAAUGACAAGUAAAUCACAGCCUCACUUAGCUCAAUCACGAAAUCAGACGUUAUCUCAACCAAGUCCAAUCUACAUCACAAACAAAGUACAGACUUCCAUGCCCCAGUCGCACAGCCAGACGCUAUCCCAGCCCGGCCCUGUCUACAUGACAAUGAGCUCCGCACCUCAGCACAAAAUAUUGAUUCUCCCCAAAACUAGUUCAUCGAACAACACAAACACCCGAGUGGUCGGGAGCUCUUCUCAAUCAAUCCCAAAGCUGCAAAGUUUGUUGCCGACUUCCAAGUAUCAAUUUGUGGUCCACAAGUCGCAGACACCAACGAUAAGCGCGGCUUUGAAGUCGACCGAGCCCGAACUGAUGUACACUGGUAUCCAUGGUAAUAACAGUGGUGAAGGUGUGUCCCGCUCCCCGGCCACGCCUCUUCUCCUCUUCCCAAAUAUCUCAAGUAAAACGGUUCCCGUUUUUUCAAACAAUACCACAAGUAGGAUCAUAAAUUUAAACCCACCCAUUGCACCCCCAGCAUCCCCACCCGAGAUUACUCCAAUGACUAGUAAUACUGGCAUCUCUAGCUGUAGCUCAUCAAUUCAAUCAUCAUCUACCACAAAGAAACAAGUUAUUGUGACAUCCCGUGCACCAAAUGUGGUCAAUAGGACGCCUCCAUCCCCGGGUCGUAAAGACAAGACAGUUUGUGCGGAGGUUAAAAACAAACAAAGCCGGGACGUUGCCGAUUCCUCCCUUCCCACUACCGGCGGAUUUGGACACGAGUGGGUGACAGUUAAAUCGGAGCCAGGGGACGAUCACGAGUUCGAAGCCUCUAUACUAACCACAAUAAAAAAAGAAAAGACUAGUGAAAGCGAAAGUGAAAGUGAAGAGGAAAGCCAUGAGACGAAUAGAUCUAGUACAAGGCAAGGAACGCCACAGUUCCCCGCCCAUCCCGUCACUUCAGUCAACGCAGGGGAAACAGACACAGAGGAACGUAUCCGUCGACUGAGAGAGAGAAUGCGCGCGCAACAGGAAGAGUGUGAAAAUUUGAAAAAGUCUUUACUUAAUGAGAGUGAGGACGUCUCAUAACAGAAAGAAGUUUUGUGUUUUAUUAUUGUUAUAAAUAUUGUUUUAAAUAAAGUUAAAAUUUUAUCAC